CGAAGUGUCACUGGAGCAGGUUUAUUUCCGAGUUCUUCUUCUACUCCUGCAAAUAAUUUUUCCACAGUUGCUCUACACUCAUCUUUCGCUGCCCCACGAGGUGUGCGAUGCCUUUGACCAAGUUGCACAUUAUCAGAUUGUCGGUCGUAAGUUAUGGGCUGGCUUCAUCUCUGACCCUGCGCUUGUCUGGUGUCCGAGUAAAAGCGGAUUAGUACGAAUUUCUAGAAUCUGAAGAUAACCGGUAAAAUGCCGCCACACCAGCUUCUCUCGCUGGAACGUCUCGCACUGGAGGAAUGUGGAAAAUUAUUAUCCCGGAUCCUUCAUUCAUCGGUCGCAACAGAGGAAGAAAAAUUCAACCAAAUAAUACAAAACUGCGAAUCACUGCUUGAACUGCCUUCCAUUUUUAAUAAUGAUAUAACAGCUGUACUGUUACGUUAUUUGGACGGACAAUGGAUGCAUUUAAAUUGGCAGAAAGAAAGAAUGCAAAUUGUCGCGGUUUCUGUUAUUCACCCAAAAGCCGAAGUCAUUGAUAUUACUUCUUGUUGUGACAUCGGGAAAUAUGUGAUGGAUGCCAUAACACGUUUAUCGAAUUUGAUACAACUUUUUCCGAACUGUAAUACUUUAAGAAAUGUUAAUGUAAGUACAACACUGAAGAAGUUUAUAUGCAGACUGAGCUGUGAUGAUCAAACACUUGGAGCUUUGACGACAUGCACAGGUAUCCAACAUGUAGAUGUCAGAGCAUCAUGGGAAGUAACUGACAAAAGUUUAAGCACCCUUCUCGGUCUCAGACAACUUAAGUAUUUGAAUGUAGAUGGCACGUCAAUAAGUAAGAAUGGUCUAAGUGAACUUUUACGGAGCUUUUGUAAUAGACGGGAGGUUUCACCGUUGUGCGGGUUUUAUUGUUCUGACAUGUCAACAGAACAGUUGCAUCUUCUGAUAAAAUGUACACAUCUUACGCACAUAGGUAUGGAAGUAAGUAAAUGUGAUGUUUCUGAACUAAAAUCUUUAGGACAUCUUCAGUCAGUACGUUUGCGAGUUUGCAGUUUUGAUAAUCUGCGAAAAAUCUUUAAGGAUAUAGAAGGUAAAUUAUAUGAAAUCCAUCUUGAGAGAAUUAAAGAAGUUGACAUAAACUUUAUAGGUAAGACAUUUCCAAAACUUGAAAGAUUAACGUUGAAGGACUGUUGUUAUCGUAGUGUGGUUCUAAGCGGGAGAAUCAAACCUCUACCUGCAUUUCAAACACUACUGAUACUAAAACUUUUUAAUGUCAAGAGUGAAUUAUUGUCAUAUUUCCUACACACGUGUUGUAACCUAAUUGAAUUUGUGAUAGAUACAGGCUUUAAAUUGGAAGAAUCUUUCAAUGAGUUACCAACUAUCGGUUCUGUUAAAAAGGUAGAAAAAUUCGUUCUUUACACACGAAGUAAUCGUAUUCUAUCAAAAUCUUCUAUGGAAGAAUUGUUCAAGAAUUGGAGAAGCCUUAAAGUUUUCAAAAACGCUGGACUCGAAAGGGAAGAUUUGAAUAUAGACAGUUUGAAGGAAGAAAUUAGACAAACGUAUCCCAAAAUUGAUGUAACAGUGACUACAACAAGAUGGCCUUCUCUAUAGAUAGCCAAUUUAGAAACCCGGAUUUAAGUCGGACUCCUCUGUGAAAUCAAGUUACCUAGUGGUCUUGGUAUAGAAAUUUAAUCCCUUGUAGUGAAGUUUCAGUUCACUUGGAAAUAUAUUAAGAGUGCUCAUAUAUAUUACUCUAAUAUAAGUGAACAUAAUUUUAUG